AGUCAUUCAGUCAGGAGGGGCAGCGCCAGGCAGCAGAGCAGCGGCGGGGCUGCCUCCUCCUUCUUCCUCCUCUUCCUCUUCCUUCUCCUCCUCCUCCCAUUGCCAUAACAACCGCGCACAGCCGCUGCGCCCGCGGUACCGGCGGCGCCGCUCCGCGCCGCUCCGCACCGCUCCGCGGCCGGGAGGCUGAGCAUCCCCCGGGGCCCCGCAAGGGGGGUGGGGAAGAAAACAGUGAUAGCCCUCCCCCCAAAAAGAGAAAAAAAAAAACAAAAGGGACUUUUUCGCUGGGUGGGUCUAUCAGGAACCAAAGUGACCCCGACAGGCUGCGCGCAGCUGCUGUGCAGGGUGCGGAAAGAGGGAGGGACGGGGGAACCCCGCGAGUGACUCCGCGGGGCGGUGCGGAGGAGGGGAAAGGGGGGAUAGAGGAGGGGGCGGCAGAGAAAGUUGGUAGGAAAUAGCCCAGGAAAAGUGGCACUAGCGGAGCCCGCCGGAGCGCGGAGGAAAUAAAAGCGGCGGCGGGCAGGAAGUGUGAGGAGGGGAAGGAAGGGGAGAAGAAGGAGGAGGAAGAAGAAGAAGAAGAAGAAACAGCAACAGCAACAGCAGCAGCAGCCGCCGCCGCGGCAGAAGAGAAAGCAAAAGCCGCGCACGGCUCGGUGCCGCUCGCGCCAGCAUCCGCGGGGCUGCCCGGGGUUGCGCGCCGUGGCCAUGGCCCGGGAGAACGGGGACGGUGGCGGCUCCUGGAAGAAGCAAGCGGAGGACAUCAAGAAGAUCUUCGAGUUCAAGGAGACGCUGGGGACGGGUGCAUUUUCUGAAGUUGUUUUGGCUGAAGAGAGAGCAAGUGGGAAACUCUUUGCAGUCAAGUGCAUUCCCAAGAAAGCACUGAAGGGAAAGGAAAGCAGCAUAGAGAAUGAAAUUGCAGUCCUGAGAAAGAUCAAGCAUGAAAAUAUAGUUGCCCUGGAAGACAUCUAUGAAAGUCCAAACCAUUUAUAUCUGGUCAUGCAAUUAGUGUCUGGGGGAGAGCUUUUUGACCGCAUUGUUGAGAAAGGGUUCUACACUGAGAAGGAUGCCAGCACCCUGAUCCGGCAGGUCCUGGAUGCUGUCUACUACCUGCACCGAAUGGGCAUUGUGCACAGGGACCUCAAGCCCGAGAACCUGCUUUACUAUAGCCAGGAUGAAGAGUCAAAAAUCAUGAUCAGUGACUUCGGAUUGUCAAAGAUGGAGGGUAAAGGAGAUGUGAUGUCCACAGCCUGUGGGACUCCUGGCUAUGUUGCUCCUGAAGUGCUGGCCCAGAAGCCCUACAGCAAAGCUGUGGACUGCUGGUCCAUUGGGGUCAUCGCAUACAUCCUGCUCUGUGGGUAUCCCCCUUUCUACGACGAAAAUGACUCCAAGCUCUUUGAGCAGAUCCUUAAGGCGGAGUAUGAGUUUGACUCUCCGUAUUGGGAUGACAUCUCUGAGUCUGCUAAAGACUUCAUUCGAAAUUUGAUGGAGAAGGACCCUAAUAAAAGAUACACCUGUGAGCAAGCAGCACGGCACCCUUGGAUUGCUGGGGAUACAGCGCUCAACAAAAACAUCCAUGAGUCAGUCAGCGCUCAGAUCCGGAAGAACUUUGCAAAAAGCAAAUGGAGACAAGCGUUUAAUGCCACAGCCGUCGUGCGGCACAUGAGGCGGUUACACCUCGGCAGCAGCCUGGACAGUGCCAGCACCAGCGUCUCCAGCACCCUCAGCCUCGCUGCGCCGCUUCCCGAUGCAGCCACACGGAAAGAUUCUUUGAUUGUUGAUUUUUACCUCCAGAGUCACAGAGGCCAUCUCUGAUGCCAACAGCAGUGCACUUGCUGGGAAAGCAAACAAGCAAACCAAAAUCCAGAAAACCUCCAGCUGGCCCCUUAGCCUGCAGAAGAAGUUGUUGAGGACAGGCUGCCCGUGUGAACUCUGCGAGCUGAAAGUCAGUAUUGUAGUGGCAGGGGCUUCUGUUGCUGAUUUUGCAUGUGACUUCAUUCCCAGUACAUCCUAACUUUCUGCUGGAUCACCCCUUCUGCAGCAUGGAAUGGAUAUUGGCCCCAUGGCACGGCUAAGUGGGGAAGUAGGAGUAUAGGGAAAACCUGUCAGUGAUGCUUUCCUGAGACUGUGUUACUCUGCUGGUGAUGUUUCUUUUGUCCUGGUUGCUAUUGUAGAGGUUCCAUUAGAGUAGUGGGUACAGAAAAAAACAAGUAGGAUUUUGCCUCUGCCUUGUGUGUCUGUUAUGGUUGUGGUGCUGAAAUAAAACCAAGCAGUGAUAGAGGUUCGUUCUUGAAAUGAAUAAAACAACAGAAAGGGUGUCAGCCCACUGGUAGACACCUCCACGUAGUUCUGCAGUAGGGAUUAGUGGUUUCCACUGUGUAUGUGUCCUCCAUACCUCCACAGUGAUUGACCGCAUUCUUAUUAUAACCACUUCUUCUCCCCUGCCUGGCCCUGAGGGACUUUGAGGCUUGUCCAAAGCUUUUCCCAGGCCCAGGAGCCAACACAGCCCUUGAUCUCUGACUUUUCUCCCCAAAUCCUCUGCAAACCAGAACAUGGACCUCCAGGGUGCCCUAGAAAUGCAGUGGAGCUGAUCGUCAGGCUUCCCCUUCCUUAAGUGUGACCAUAUUUUUAGGGAAACAAAUCCCCAAGGAAAGCCAGAUCGCUUCCAGCCAUUGGCAGCCAGCGAGAAUAUUGUCCUUUGAUCUGAACUUGGCAUUGGCUCGAUCAGAUAUAGGGAAACCUGUGCUGUUAUUUCCCCCUGUGAUAACAGUUCCAGGCCUGAGCAGCACUGGGUGAGCACUGCAUAAAACCACCAGACUGACUUUGCCAACAAGAUCAUGCAGACUGUAACCUGCUGCUUUUGCUCUUUCCAAAGAGCCAAGGGAUUCAUCUACUGGCAAAAUAAGUUUCUAGACUGAGCCCUGAGGUGCAGAAGUAGCUUCCUUUCAGUGUACAGAAUUCAGUGGGAUUAUUUACGUUCUUUAUCCCAUGCGUAUUUAUCCAUCUGAAUUGGUGCCUGAAUGCAUCCCAGAAAUUAUUCAUGGGAAGGGAGUUUUGCCUUCAUUAUCAUGCUUAUUUGCACCAGAAACUUGAUGCUAAGUGUUACACUCAUUCAAGCAAAAAGUGGAAACACACAGAGACGUUGGUAUCCAAGGAAAACGGCAUCAAAACCAAGCGUGGAGGAUUAGUUGGCAGAUCCCUGCCAGCAACGGCUGAGUGAGGAAACAGCAACCUGCUCACAAACAUUGCAUGAACAGCUUCCCCUGGUCAAUCAGGCAUUCCAUAUUUCCGGCCCAGCAGCAAGUUUUACACAAUCCCUGUAAUUUUACCCUGCAUCCCUGCAGCUGAGUCCUGCCUUCCCAUCCUGUCCGCUGGGGUGGUUUGGUCUCCGUGAUGCACGUGUGUGCAUGUAUGUGUGUGUGUGCGUGUUGUGGCCCCAGGGAUGACAGAUCCCUCUGGUGGGAGAUCAGGAGUUGGUUCAGGGUUUUUGGCUUGACUUUGCAUGGUUGGGUCAAAGCUGUGUAAAUAGUUUGUAGGGCAGGAUAAAGGAUCUUUAGCCCAGACUCUGGUUUUCAAAACCCCUUCCCACCGCGAACUGUGCCACUGGUUUGUUCAGGUAGCCAUUUUUUAGCCCCUCUUCGUAAAUGAUAAGGUCAGAAGAGUGGCUCUUACAUUUUUUCCACGCUCCAGAGUGGAAUCAGGGCAUGUAUGCUCACAAGCAUUGUGAAAAAAAUCACUGCUGAACUAAUGAUGACACAAAUGUCCAAUAAAUGCAUGAUACUGCACUGCAUGUAUUAAACUGCUGUUCACUGUUUCUGUAUUUCCCAAGCCUUUUCUUUAUUCACCUUCAACCCAACCUUUUCUUUGAGGGGUUUACUUCUACUUUUUGCUUUUAAAUGACUCAAUGUAUCUGUAACUCAAAAUCCAUCUUUAAGUUUGAGUAAAUGCAAAAGCUGAUGUUUUGUAAACAAGAUAGUGCAAAGCCUGGUAAUGUAUUUUGUCUUUCUGUUGAAUGCUCUGCAGCAUGUACAGGAAGAGUCACCAUCCAGAGCAGCUUAAAACUAUGCAGCAGUCAUGUACACGUCUAGAAACAGGGAGUCGGGGAGGGGAGGUUCCCUUUUUGAAUAUAAUGCUUAAAAACUUGAUCUGCGUCAAAAAUUCCUUCCUUGGGCUGCUAAUGCUCAGGAUUACCAAGAAGCAUGUUGGUGUGUCUCUUUGUUUUCUCUUUUUUCCUUUGUCUUGUUUUUCUUAGUCAGAAUUUAGACUGGUCCACUCAAUUCUUAGUAUUCUUUCUUUUCCUACAAGAUGGUUCUUUCUCACCUGUUGCAGAAUGAACUGCAUUUUGGGGACCAAGAUGCUGUGAUUCUUUGCCUGCACAAAAUAGGGCAGAGAGCUGAGCUAAUUAUCCCAUCCUUUCCAAAGCAUCACCACUAACACACUAGCAUUUGAUCCUUGAAUCUCCAUGUAGCACCACCAUUUAUCCAUGGAAGUGUUUGAUAUGGUAUUUUUCUUUCUUCCACAUGUCCUUGCCUCCUCUUUCCUUGAUCAUUGACACAUUUUAAUUUGUGCUGGUCUUCCUAAGGCAGGGUACAGGAUGGCCACAUGGUACUUACUUGUAGUAGCUCUGGUCCAGUCCUCUCAUGGGUAUCAGCAGGGCAGUGGUCCCAGCUCCUAAGUGGUUGCUGUGUUAGUGCGGGAAAUACUCAAGUUCCCAGUACUCAAAGCAGAGUCAUCUGAAAGGGCUGCAAAAUUGCUCUGGAUUCUUGGCAAGGACAUGACAAGCAGAAGGGCUGGAGAGAAAGCAUCAUACUGGUGUCAUAGGGAGCAAGUAUCAGUCCUUGGGAAUUAUGCAAGAACUGCUCCAUGGUGGCUGAAAGAACCAAGAAGCCUUGAGCCCACCUUCAAGGCUGGUGCUCAGCCAGGAUGCUGUGCCAUUGCAGAAGCACUGCAUGGCAGCAGGAAAAUCAUCGUUAUUAAUGGCUGUAAGUCAGCCUGAGUUCAGGUUGCUGAGGCAGCACGUGGUGCAGGGCUCCAUGAAGAGGUGGAUGUGUGCUGUGGUUCUGGGUGGGUGGGAGCUUCGAGGGGUGUGCUCAGAGUAGCUCUGAGCUUUUCCAUCUGUCAUCUGCAUCCCCUGAGCAAGCAUGGCAUCACUCAUGCAAUGUCUUACUAGAUCAAGCUGUAGCAUGACCCCCAAAAUGAAGAGCGUGGAAGGUUGUAGCUCAGUAGGAGAUACAGUGUGACUCAUGUUUCUGGUCAACACAAUGUCAGUGUCCUGUCGUACACUGGCCCCUAGUUAAGAAACAGCAUUUUGGUCAGUUUGGACGUUUUUUAGACAGAUAAGUUGAUUUGGGUCAGCAAACAAUGAAUAAAAGCCUGGUCUGCCCAGAGUAGUGACUCCCCAGAUAUCCCCAACAGCAAAACAUCUUGGUUUCACUCAAUGAAAACGCAAGCAUGUUUUCCACAAAGGCUUAAAUCUUAAUCAAGGAAUGUCAGUGUGCCUAGUAUUGCAGGUCUUGUGAUUGAUACAAGUUCAUAACAGCAUCCAUGUCCAAAAAGAAGGGAGAAUGUGUAUUUACUCCGUGCAUGUUUUAAGGCAUCGCAAAAGUUUUAUCUGCAUAAUGAGUUUGCAAUACUGCAAAUUGUUAAUGGGGCUACGUUGCAAGUGGUUCUCUGCCUUGACAAUCAUGUAUACAUAUCGAGAUUUCUAUCAUGAUGACAAUUUAAAGGGAUGAGUAAUUGUUUUCCUCUAAUAAAUCCAAUUAAAUCAC